CUGACACCUCAUCACUGUGGCGGGCGCAUGGGGCUGAGUGGAGGGGGUGUGACCUGCAGGCAAUUUUAGGCCCCAAGAAUCCAAGGUGGAGGCUCUCUGCCAGCCCACAAUCUGAGCUUCGAUUCCCAAGUACUCGGGAAAUCAAUCCAUCUAAUAUACAGAGCCUCGAAUUCUGUGAGAACACCUCAACCCACUCCGAGGAUCUGCUUCUGUUAGGUCUACCAGCUACAAGUACCAGUCAGCCCACACACACCCCAACUGUGGAAGGGGCUACGGCCGCACGAAGAAAGUACAAUGGAUCCUUGGACGAUCAUCGGGACUACAUCGGCAGUGCUCAGUUUUGCCGAGUUCGCGUUCGCAAUCGUAAAGACCGCGGUGGACAUCAACAAGUCCGAAGAUGGCGCCUCGGAGGACAACAAGAGGCUUGCGGAUGUCACCAAGAACGGACAGGAGCUCCUAGCCCAGAUGUCCGAGUUUAAGAUAUCACAGGCCCAGGAACCCACGCUUGGGCCAACUGAGGAUAGCAUGCUGGCCACGGCCGAGCAGUGCCGACUCCUCGGGGAGAAGAUCCUAAAGUUUCUGGACAAGAUGCAAGCGAACAAGGAGGGCUCGUUACGGUCAUCCCUCAAGGCUGCUGCGAAGGAGGUUUGGUACAAGAGCACGGUCAAGGGGUUGAAUGAGCAGCUUCAAAGUUGCAGGACACAGCUGAAUACGCAUCUGCUGGUAGUAGUUGGGUCUAGGGCAGGCAAAAGCUUUGAAAAGCUACUCAUUAUGCACUCCGCUCAAGCCAACGACAUUUCUCGGCUACAGAGCCUUGUGGAGAGGCUCUCACGGAACCAAGAGCUUGAGCUCGCUCAGAUCGGACAGAUAGCAGAGAUAUUCGCCCUGCCCGACACCAUUCUCGAAAACAUCAACAGGAAAAGGAUCCUUAAGGGGUUGGAGUUUGACCAGAUCGAGGCCCGGCACGAGCAGAUCUCACAGGCGGCCCGUGACACUUUUGGUUGGUGCAUUUCGGAAGAGGCCGUACCAAGAGGCCAGGGACUUCUUGACAUCUCACUCAAGAAGUGGCUUCGAGCCGGCCAUGGCAUAUUUCACAUCUCCGCGAAGCCUGGUGGCGGCAAAUCUACGCUGAUGAAAAUGCUAGAGAAGCACAGCUCCACGCACUCACUGCUCAAGACGUGGGCGGGGGACAAGACCUUGGUGAAGGCCAAUUUCUUUGUGUGGAACGCAGGUGUUCCACUCCAGAAGAACCUACAGGGGAUGAUACGGACACUUCUCAGGCAGAUCCUCCAGCAAGUACCGGAGCUCAUCCGGACGCUUUUUCAAAAGUACUGGAACCCGCGCGGCUUUUAUCCCUGGAUGAAUCUGGAAGAUUUGAAAAUCAGUCUUGAGGAUAUCGAAUCCGCCACCAAACAUUUGAUGACCGACACGGAUAUUGCGGAUCACCAUCGUUUCUGCUUCUUUGUUGAUGGCCUUGACGAGUUUGAGGACCAUGAGCUGAAGCAUACGGAGGUCGCAGAGUACCUUCAGGAAUGGGUGUCGCACAAUCCCUCGGGGGUCAAGUUUUGCGUAUCCAGCCGAGAGGAGCCGGCCUUCAUGAACACCUUUCCCGCGGAGCAGAGGCUCAGAUUGCACCUGCUAACUCGGCCCGAUGUCGAGGCAAUGGUCAACGAGCGCCUCAUGAAGCACCCGCACUUCCGUCAAUACAAGUCUGCCGACCGGCAUUCUUUUGCCCUUAAUGUUGUAUCCAGGGCAGAGGGCGUCUUUCUCUGGGUCCAUUUGCUUAUUAAGAACGAGCUCUGGGAUGCGCUGGAUGAGGGUGCCACGGCGGACGAGCUCUUCGCACUCCUCCGUAGGGUACCCGAGGAGCUGGAUGAGUUCUUCGUCCGAAUUAUCAACUCCAUUAGGAAGUCGAAUAAGCAGGAGGCUGCGAUGAUUUUUGCAGUGGCUAUCCAGACGGAUGGGUGGUUCUACCCUCUGCGUGUGUUCCACUACUCCUUUGUGGAAGACUUCAUCAAGAACCCCAACUUUUCAUUCAGUAUCCAUUGGACGAAGCUAGAACGAUCUGAUAGCAAGAACAUAUCGGGCAGCGAGAUGCCACGAAAUGGCAGAGGUCGUCUAGAGAAAAGAAGUCCCAGUUUCAAAGAGCUAUACGAGAGGGUAUUGAAAAAUCAGGAUGUCCACCCCGCGGUACCAUUUCUCCCCCGAGACAUAUCAGACAGCCAAAGGAUAUCGGAUGGCGAAGCAUGGCCAGAAAAUGCCAAAAGAAUCGCCAGAUUUAAGAGACGUCUUCCAGGGUUGUGCAAGGGACUUUUUGAAGGUGAAACCAACGAGUUCUUGUCUUUUGCCCACAGGUCUGUUUACGAUUUUCUCAAAACGGGACCAACAAAGGGUAUCAAAGCGGCCAUAGACGACACCAGCUCCACCGCUAGCUUAAUCAUACAGUGUAUCACGGCGGAGACGAAAUGUUUUGACCGACAGACGCUCAUACCCGAGCAACAAUCGAGGUAUCUGGGACGUGUCAUGGGCAUCCUGUCGUCCUCAGCCGUCGAUAUACGGCCUACCUUCGAGCAUCUGAAGCACCUAGAGGAGGCUCUCGCCCUGCGCCAGUCAAAACUGCCUCUAGACAACCAAAGAAGCAUGUUUCAGUCGUAUUUCGAGCAGCUAGCGGACUAUGGUGAUGUCAAGGGUAACUACUUGUCGGUAUACGCGUUCGCUUGCUUUUGGAAGCUCCGCCCAUACGUGGAGUGGGCCCGGGAGAACUAUCCCUCUUGGAUACUCGGGGACCGGGUAAGGAGUGAAAUCUUCGGUGCAGUCAUGCUGACAGAGCCAUGGGAGAGACGUGCGAUGAUUACAUUUUUGCUUGACAUCUUCCUGGACCCCAACGGGCCCUCUCCGACCCGCAGAAAGCAUGGCAACGGCUCCCCUUGGAUGACGUUCCUGAAGGAUGUUCUUGUCAAGCAAUUCAUUGUUCAUAGGGAUUCUGGAUUCUGGUCCACUUUCAUGGCCUUCCUGAGGCACAGGGCCGACCCCUUGGUUCAUUUUCGAUGGCACUGGCGGGAUGAGUCAGACAUCGGCGGACUUGAUCGAAGCCAAUUUGGGGUUAUAGACGUAAGAACGGAUUCGGAGAAUGAUUCAAGGGGAUUCAGAUUCCCCUUUGGGCACAACACUGGGGAUCUCAUACGCUUCCUCCGUGCCCAUGAUGGAGGUAGGGCAGACCUAGUCGACUUUGUGAGGUACUUUGCUCCGCCAAACAUGGAUGAGAUCGUGGCUUUUGUUCAGGCUUGUAUGGAGGAAGCACGCCGCACGGAAGAUGGCAGCACCGAAAUGGAUUCCACUAGAGACGGUCUAGGGAAGCUGCAGCUUAUGGAACAACCAUAGGGUGGUAGAGUCUGCUGGGCUGUUGUUUCGGAAGAACUGUCAAUUCUCGGGCGGAUGAGGACUUGGUUGAUGGAACUGUCCACGGCAAUAACACGAGUGUGGGUAUAUAACUCUUUGAUGUGUAUUGAUCUUUCACUGAUUUAGCUUCUAUUCCGUAUGCGUCUGAAGCCAUACACGGCGCCUUGAUACAGUGGUAAACACUCAAACACCAACUCCGUGCUUGAGACACCAAGAAGGCACAUCCAUUUCCAGAUGAUGACAAUGGUAUGAGAGCCCAGUCCCAAUUAUGCUUGACCUCGGACAGCAAAAAUCUCUUAUUCAAUGUUCUUUUUCUAUUAGACCUCAGACCCUGAUGACAGAUGAUAUCAUCUCCCUCAGCUUGCACAAAACACAUGUACCAGAUAGUCCCAAAAUCCAGGAUACAACCCAAGCAUGGAUCCCAGCGACUCUCGAGACCAGAGCCACAUCCUACUUCCCAAUAGUCAAGAACAAACGGUCGCCCACGUCCCCAAGGCCAGGCUUCAGCAUCCCACCGGGGGUCAGCUCCUCGUCCAGGCCGGCGACGUAGAUCUCGACGCCCUCGGGCCACUCGCCGGCGGCCCUCGCGAGGCCGGGCUGGGCGCCGAGGACGCUCAGGACGAUGAUCCUCUGGGCGCCCCACUCCUUGAGGGUCUGGAUGGCGGCGGCGCAGGUGCCGCCGGUGGCGAUGACGGGGUCGACGAUGAUGGCGAGGCUGGAGGGCCCGUCGGCGCUGCCGGCGGUGAUGUGCUCGGGCAGGUUGUUGUAGUACUCGACGGGCUCGAGGGUCGAGGGCUCGCGGUACAGGCCCAGGUGGUGCACGGCGACGGGGUCGGGCAGCAGCGUCUGCACGGCGUCGACCAUGCCCAGCCCCGAGCGCAGGAUGGGCACGAUGGAGAGGGUCUGCGGGAUCGUCGUCGUCUCGUACUCGAAGCCGAGAGGGGUUUGGUCCUUUUACCACCCGCCCCGGGUCUGUGUGUGAGCUCGCUGCUGGUCCAAGCACGAUGGGAUGUGACGGGCAACGACGAACCUUGGGGCCGGGGGC